AGUCCAGAUGUGCGGCAGGGAUCGGCCAUCGCAUCCACGUUUGAUCAGCGCACAUUUGGCUGAUCCGCGGACCUCCAUCCGGGCCCUCAGCUACGAUUCACGGGGUAGGGCUAGACUUGCUGCUGUGGAGUUCUUGUACGAGUGAAAAAGGCACACUGCCGGCCGCCCCCGCGCCUCCCAGCUUUCUUCCAUCUACCUUACCUAUACACCAAUACCAUGUUGGAUUCGACACUCGGUCAGGUGGUGUCCUGGUACAUCUGUACCGCUGCGGCGGGCCUCUUCCUGGUAACGAGAAUUGCCGUGCGUUGGAGGAAAAUGGGCGGUCUCUACGUGGAUGACUACCUGAUAGCAGCCGCGUUUGGCUGCCUAGUAAUAGACCUGGCCAUCCAACAAAGGAUGUACAACAUCGGUCUAACCGACAUGGCACAUGUUACUCGGCCUCACUUUGUUGAAAUGAUGAAGCUCAUCUUCCCUGGAUCAAUCUUUUACACACUCUCUCUAUGGUUGAUCAAGUCAGCUCUGGUUGUCUUCUAUAAGCGCCUGGCAGACCGUACAUCCCUUCAAAAGAUUUACAACGCUACGCUCAUUUGGCUCUUGGUUUCGUACGUCGUAAUUUUCUUCGACACAGUUUUCAGGUGCUACCCGUUCAGCCGGAUAUGGUCAACCGACCCCAGCCAGGCUUGUCCUCCCAGUGCAUCGGUAAUCAACUACUGGCUCACAAUUACACUCAAUAUUUUCACGGACAUCCUGAUAAUCUGCCUUCCUUUGACCAUGGUGGCGCGCCUGAAGUUACCGUUGAAACAGAAGCUUGGUGUCGCCGGCGUCUUUGCGCUCGGAUUUUGCACUGUCGUUGCGUCGAUUAUUCGUGCAGUAUAUUCUCACAAAAACGAAACAAUGCUCACCUGCACCGUCUCCAUGGUCGAAACCGCCGUCGCUAUCAUCGCAACCUGCCUCCCGACCUUGCGCGUUCUCAUCCUCGGACACACGUCGCGCAAUGGCACUUAUCCCAGCCGCGGAUAUGAACUAGGAUCAUCUGCGCAGGCUAAACACAGCCACUUGGCCUCGCAUAACCACGCUACAGUGAGUGGUGGUACCCAUAAUAAAGUGCGCAACAACGGGGUGCCAAUCACGAGAACCGAUUCGGAAGACGAACUGGUCAAGGAUCUGGCUGUUUAUGGAUCACACAUGCCCACCAAUCCUAAGAACGCCGCGCUCAAGAAUUGGCCGGAUAAAGACAAGGAUGCGAUCGAGGUUACGACGGAGUUUGCGGUCUAUCCCGAAAGUAUCCGUACCGUGGACAUUCACACGCCCGGUCAGCAGGUUUGAGAUUUCUUCAAAUGAUGUCUUUCUAAUACGUCCAUCUUGGAUUUUCUUUUAGCUUUGUCUUAUAUCCUAUUUUGUUUUCCCUUUAUUUGUCUUAGAAGCGUUAUGAGCGGUCUCCCGACAUUAUUUAG